AUGGCUCAAACCGCUUUAACCGAAGGAGCCAGUCUCCUUCCUUCGAUCCUUCCUCUCCUGCCUCUCAUCUUUCUCAUCCUCAAGCAUCUCAAAGCAAAGUCUCCAUCACUUCCAUCGGGUCCAUUUCCAUGGCCACUCAUAGGCAACAUUGACCAGAUAAGGAAACAACGCCAUAUUGCUAUGGCCGACUUUGCACGAUCGAUAAAUGGUUUGAACGGGUUCACAGUAGGGUGGUCUCCCGAGUGUGAUGACAGAUGGAAGUAUUUGCGCACAAUGUGUCGAACUCAACUUUUCUCAGGCAAAGCAAUAGAGUCACAAGCAUGCUUGCGAGAGAAAAAGCUGAUGAAGGUGGUUAUGUUUUUGAGUACAAUGGAGGGUAAGGUGGUGAAACUUAAAGAUGUAGGCUUUGUUGCUGCAUUGAAUAUAAUAAGUAAUGCUUUAUUGUCAAAAGAUCUUGUUACUUUCGAGGAUGAGAAAGCGUUAGCAAUGAUGGGAGAAAUUUUCAAAACAAACUUGGAGGUAACGUCUACUCCAAAUUUAUCUGACUACUAUCCAAUUCUUAGAGGGUUGGAUCUUCAAAGACCGUAG